AAUGCUUCAUUAGUGUCCCAUUACACUUUGUUCGCGCGGUAUUUCGCCAAGAUGAAUCGAUUCGUCGCGAUCGCAUUCGUCGUGCUGUUUCUUUGUUUGACGCAGAUGCCAGAUGAGGUUCUAACUGCCCCAGCAGAUCCAUCGAAUUCUACCGAGGGUUCGAUCGAAUGUCGUAAACACGAGGAACCCACGGAUUGCGUCUCGUGUUCGCCGAGUUGUGAACGCCUUAUACCUGGAAAGUGUAAUGGACCGUUGUGCAGACCGGGCUGCAAGUGCAGCUUCGGCUUCUACAAGGACAGCGACGGCGACUGCGUCUCGAUCUUAGGUUGCGUAAUCGACUUCAUGAAAAGCCGAAAGGAAUGGUCGGUGUUCGAUUUCGUGAACACUGCGAAACAGCUACAGAGCAAGUGAUUGAACGCUCGCCCAACCCCGUCGAUCCUCCACGAUCCUGUCUGGCAGCGACUCCUUGAUCUACGAACACCGAGGAAGUCUAUACGAAUGAAUCACGCCGAAAACAUGUAACCCUUAACGCAAUAAAAAGAACGAAUUUCAAACAAA